AUCCCAGAAUCCUUCGCGUCCGCUUCUUCCUUCCGGGCUACCUCCAUCCUGUCCGAGCCAGGCGACAGAGAAACGGAUGACUCGUCUGCUGCGUUGAAGUUAAAACCUGCCGACUGAAACUUUCCUAACGGUGGUUCAGACAAAUUAUUAACUCUCCAAGGAGCUAAUUAGUUUGAAAAGAUGCAGUGAUGAAGUUAACCUCUAAAGAGUGAGUCCACAUCCUAGAAAACCGGCCUGGCUUCCUGUUCCAAUGUCCCGCCACCUGUGACUCCAGCUGAGUGCACCUUCUGUUGACCAGCAGGGCGGCGCUGGCUCUUCUCGGGGGGGGUGUCGGUGGGGGGUUGAGACCAGAGAUGGAAAGCCGAUGCAGCAGUAGCGCCGAUUCGCGGCUGGCAGGCAGGGGGCCCGGGUCCAACAACAGCACGCCUUUCUGCGCGAGAGGGGAUUCAUACGAAGCUGGGGAGAAGAAGUGCAUCUCGGACGUGAGGAGGACCUUCUGCCUCUUCGUCACCUUUGACCUCUUGUUCAUCACGAUGCUCUGGAUCAUAGAGCUCAAUGUGAACGGCGGCAUUCAGCAGCAGCUGGAGAAAGAAGUCCUGCACUAUGACUACCACGCCUCCUUCUUCGACAUCUUUCUGCUGGCUGUUUUCAGGUUCACCACUCUCAUCCUGGCGUACGCCGUCUGUAAGCUUCGCCACUGGUGGGCCAUCGCAAUCACCACUGCAGCCAGCUGUGCUUUCCUGAUUGUUAAAGUCAUUUUAUCAAAGCUGCUGUCCCAGGGGGCCUUUGGGUACCUGCUGCCCACCAUCUCCUUCGUGUUGGCCUGGAUAGAAACAUGGCUGCUCGACUUCAAGGUUCUGCCUCAGGAGAACGAAGACGAAAACCGAUAUCAGUCCAUCAUGGACGCCACGGAGCGAGUUCCUCCCCUGGGACCGGGUCCUUUAUCUGACGGACAGUUCUACUCCCCACCAGAGUCCGUGGCAGACUCUGACGAGGAGCUGGACGACAAACACGAUCCAGAAAUAGGACUCAUCCAGUAGCGAGCUAACAGGAUAUCCGUUGUACUACUGAGGGGAAUCUCUGCCUUACACGUUCUGCCGUUUCAGCUUGGAUUCACCUCAAAGACGUCUCUGUUUAUUCCUCCUCACCGAUGCACCUCUGUUUCUGAUAUAUCGGCCUGCUGCAUGUGCACCCGGGACUGGAAGAAGUGCCGCUUAAAAUGCAACGUCAUUAAUCACGACUCAUUCGUUUUCAGGGUGUUUUUUUUGUUUUUUCCCUCACAUUUAAUAAAACUCUAUAGCUCAGAGGGAAAUAAAUAUGAAAGGAUAUUUAUACACAAACUGGCACGUGUCUCAGAUGGGAAUAAUUAGAAUUUGAAUAAGAAUUAAGUCAAUAAAUUUGAGAUCUAUUUUCAGUGUCAAACCCAUAAUUCAGUGUUUUUUGUUUUUGUUUUGUUUUUUACAGUUAUUUCUUCUCUACGGUAUUAAUGUCUUAUAUUUCCAAUGUCAUGUUUACUUUUAAUUUGGGGAUCAUUUGUACGUGCUUGGGUUUGAAGUCACUGUAAAGGCAAAAAUAGAUAGACUGGCCAGUAUUGAGCUUAUGGAUCACGUUUGAAGCAAACGCGAGACGAAAUAUUAACAAUUUACUGUGUUUAAUAACUCUGAAAUGUAUCUGACUACUUCCGGGUCUUUAAAAAGAAGGUGAAACAACUCUGUGGAAAUUUUAAGAAAAAUUGCCUGCUUCUGGAAGAGUGAAGUAUUAUUUUACUUUAAAACUAAAUGAGCCAUAAAAUGUGCGGCACUUAAAUAUGAAGGUUUGAGCUGCUCUGUGUCAACUGUUAACUGCUCUUAAAACGCUGCUAGUCCACACAGAGGGAGCUCCAAGAGCUGAGAAACAUAUGUGUAUAUAUAAAAAUAUAUUCAUGCAUGCCUUGCAAGCCAAGUGGUUUUGCUUUUAUGAAAAGCUUGUCUGUAAAAUAGAAUCAAUAAAAUGUGAAAUCUUG